AUGGGCUGCACCAGCAGCGCACCUAUAUCAGAUAUCCAAUCUCAUACAACAGAAAAUGGGAAUGCAGAAGUAAAUGACAAGAAAGACGAAAAAAAUGAAAAUUCCAAACAAGAGGAUUUAAAAAAAGAAGAGGAUGCGGAAAUAGUAGAAAAUUUAGAAAGUAAAGUAAUAAAAAUGCUUCCGACAUGUGAUAAUUUAGAACAAAAUUUACAAUUAGAUAGAAGUUCAAAUUCAGCACCAGAUAUCUUCACCACUGAAGACAAGGAAGUGAUGACUGAUUUAAAUAACGUGGAAAAUGAUGAACCUACGGCAAUUGAAGAAACGAUACCCACUAUUGACAAUGAGAAACCGCCGCCAAAAUGUUCAACAUUUCAAGAAGUGGUUGAACAAGUUGUUUUAGACAGUAUUUUAGAAGAUAUAGCUAAAAUGCCCGGUCUUAAAGAAAACGAGGAUGACCACGUUGAUGAUGAUCAAAAUGUUGAACAAAAUGAAAUGGUUAAGGAAAUUUCAGAUGAGAUACACCAUGCAAUAAACGAAGAUAAGGAAGAAUAUAAGGAAGUUGAAGAAGAUCCCGAAGAAGCAGCCAGUCCAAGUCAAUCGGAAUGCAGUCGAGCGACCCGAUGGGAAGCCCUGGCGGACAUCGCGGCAGAGCUGCCACCGUCACUAGCUGUUGACCCACUGACGGGACAGAUAUUCUCGCUCACUAAAUAA